AUGGCAACCGGGAGCCCCGCCAAAAGGCAGAAGAUGGACGGCCCGUUGAUUGGCACCCACAGCGGCCACUUCCACGCCGACGAGGCCCUCGCAGUCUCCAUGCUCCGGCUCCUGCCCACGUACAAGAACUCGCCCCUCGUCCGCACGCGCGACCCCGAGAUCCUGAAGACAUGCCACACCGUCGUCGACGUGGGCGCUGCGUACGACGAGAACGCAAGGCAUUUCGACCACCACCAGCGCGAGUUCACCACCGUCUUCCCCGGCCACUCGACCAAGCUUUCCUCGGCUGGCCUGGUGUACAUGCACUUUGGCAAGGACAUCAUCUCCGAGGUGACCGGGCUCCAGCCUGGUGCUGACCUCGACAUCCUCUACGAGAAGAUCUACACGGAUUUCAUCGAGGCGUUUGACGCCAAUGACAACGGUGUCAAUGUAUUCGACCCCAAAGCCGUCGAGUCCGCGGGGCUCGCCAAGAAGUUCGAGGACCGUGGCUUCAGCAUUGCCAGCGUUGUCAACCGCUACAACUACUCUACCUCCAAGGGAGAUGACGCCUCCAAGAGCAAGGAGCAGCUGCAGCAGGAAGAGGACGAUCGCUUCAGCAGAGCGUCCCAGUUCGUCGGCGAACAGUUCUACAUCGAGCUGACCGACCGCGCCUCUGCGUGGCUUCCUGCCCGCAACAAUGUCAAGAGAGCAUAUGAAGAACGCCUCCAGUAUGACUCCCAAGGUCGCAUCUUGGUUCUUCCUGAGGGCAUGCCCUGGGCGGACCACCUCUACACUCUCGAGAAGGAGUCAUCCAUCCCCGAAGGUGUCGCACCGCAAGUGCUCUACGUCCUUUUCCCCGAGUCCACCGAGCCAGACACCAAGUGGCGCAUCCGCGCCGUCAGCAAAGAGAAUGGCGGCUUCCAAAACCGCAAAGACCUGCCCGACCCAUGGAAGGGCGUCCGCGACGACCAGCUCUCCGAGGUGUCUGGCGUUCCCGGUGGUGUCUUCGUCCACGCUGCUGGUUUCAUUGGCGGCAACAAGACUUUUGACGGCGCCUUGGCCAUGGCCAAGAAGGCUUGCGACUUUUAG